GGUGAGAAACAGAGACAGAGAGACAGAGAGGGAGAGACGGAGAAAGAGCUCCAGUGAGGGAAGAGAGAGGUCCAACAUGUCCCAAGAGAUGGGGGAGCUCACGCAGACCCGGCUACAGAAGAUCUGGAUCCCCCACACCAGUGGCAGCCGGCUGCAGCCUCGCAGGGGCUCCUCCAUUCCUCAGUUUACCAACUCGCCAACAAUGGUGAUCAUGGUGGGGCUGCCUGCACGAGGCAAGACCUAUAUCUCCACCAAGCUUACCAGGUACCUCAACUGGAUUGGGACGCCAACCAAAGUGUUUAACUUAGGCCAGUAUCGUCGAGAGGCCGUCCACUACAAGAACUAUGAGUUCUUUCGGCCAGAUAACAAGGAAGCCUUGGUCAUCAGGAAGCAGUGUGCAAUGGCGGCCCUGAAGGAUGUCCAUGAUUACCUUGGCCAUGAGGAAGGCCACGUAGCGGUUUUUGAUGCCACCAAUACUACCAGGGAAAGACGGUCACUCAUUCUGCAAUUCGCCAAGGAGCACGGGUACAAGGUUUUCUUCAUUGAGUCCAUCUGUCAUGACCCAGACAUCAUUGCCGAGAACAUCACACAAGUCAAGCUGAGCAGCCCAGAUUAUAAAGACUGCGAUCGGGAGAAGGUAGUGGAAGACUUUCUGAAGAGAAUCGAGUGCUACGAGAUGAAUUACCAGCCCAUCGAUGAGGAGCUAGACAGCCAUUUGUCCUACAUCAAGAUCUUUGACGUGGGCACCCGCUAUCUGGUGAACAGAGUCCAGGACCACAUCCAGAGCCGCACCGUGUACUACCUGAUGAACAUCCACGUCACGCCUCGAUCCAUCUACCUGUGCCGCCAUGGCGAGAGCGAGCUCAACCUCAAGGGCCGCAUUGGCGGGGACUCGGGCCUCUCCUCCAGGGGCAAGCAGUACGCGUACGCCCUGGCCAACUUCAUCCAGUCCCAGGACAUCAGCUCCCUGAAGGUCUGGACCAGCCACAUGAAGAGAACCAUCCAGACGGCUGAGGCCCUGAGGGUCCCUUAUGAGCAGUGGAAGGCCCUGAAUGAGAUAGAUGCUGGGGUCUGCGAAGAGAUGACCUAUGAGGAGAUCCAAGAGCAUUACCCAGAGGAAUUUGCGCUUCGAGACCAGGACAAAUACCGUUACCGCUACCCCAAGGGAGAGUCCUACGAAGACUUGGUCCAGCGCCUGGAGCCUGUGAUCAUGGAACUGGAGCGCCAGGAGAACGUCUUAGUGAUCUGCCACCAGGCCGUCAUGCGCUGUCUCCUGGCCUACUUUCUGGAUAAGACUGCAGAGGAGCUGCCUUAUCUCAAGUGUCCCCUGCACACGGUGCUCAAACUCACCCCGGUGGCUUACGGAAUCCCGGACCGCUUCGGAGGGCUGGACUCACAGCUGGGCUGGACCCGGGGCUCUGUCACCUCAAUCUCCGUCCUCCCUCUCCCACCCCACCCCCUCCAUCCGCUCAGCCGGCCGUGCUCCCACACACAGGAACUUCCACCCCGUUCCUCUGGCCAGCCCCCCACCAACCAAACAACCCUACUUGGAAGACCUGAGUGAAGGCCUCCCUUCCCUGAAUGCUCAGAACGUGGAUGUCACCCGUGAACCCGAAGAAGCCCUGGAUACAGUGCCAGCUCACUACUAAGCACCUUGGGACAGGCCACAGAGCCGCUUCCUCCUACUCCCACGGCUAGAGGCUGGCCUACCCACCCGCAGAGGGAUCCGCCCCCACCCCCAUUCACCUUUCGGUCUCACAGCUGACCGGACCAAAGCUUCGCCCCUGUCUAGCGUUUCCGUUUUGGAAACUGAGGAAGAGAAGAGGGGAUGGGAGGCAGAGAACGAUAGUGAGGUGGGGCAGAGUUAGCUAGCGAUGCCCCUCCCAAGCAGGCCCCUGCCGAUGCUCCGUGGCAGCUGGCCCCCAGGAUGCCCGGGCACACAGCUGGGCCUUUCUGAGGUAAGGAGCAUCUCCAAGCACCCCCAAUGAUUCACGGGCCCAAACCAAAGCACUUGAGUCUCCCUGCUUUGUGGACUCAGCCUUCAAAACAAUAAAACUAUUGAGGGCUCCAAGUCUGGGGAGAUUGUCUCA